AUCAAAUUUCCUUACUUUCACAUCACUUUCUUACAACAAAGAAAAAUAAAACAUCGAAAAAAUGGCUUUGUUGCUUUGCUUCAUCUUCUUUCUUAUUCUCUCUUCUGCAAAUGCUUGUGAUCGCUGCGUGCACCAAACAAAGGUUGCCUAUUUCUCCAAAGCUUCUGCACUUUCCUCUGGGGCAUGUGGGUAUGGCUCGCUGGCCUUGGGCAUCAGUGGUGGGCACCUUGCGGCUGCAGUGCCUUCAAUUUACAAAGAAGGUGCCGGUUGUGGUGCAUGCUUUCAGAUGAGAUGCAAUAACCCUACUCUAUGUACCAAAGAAGGGACUGUAGUAACAGUGACUGAUCUCAAUCCUAAUAACAGAACAGAUUUUGUUCUAAGCAGUAGAGCUUUCUCGGCCAUGGCUCGCAAGGGUAUGGGCUAUGAUAUUUUGAAGCUUGGGAUUGUGGACGUUAAAUACAAGAGAGUACCUUGCGAUUACAAGAACAAAAAUUUGGCCGUAAGAGUGGAAGAAUCAAGCCAAAAGCCAAACUACUUAGCAAUCAAGUUCCUGUAUCAAGGGGGUCAGACUGAAAUAGUAGCCGUUGAUAUCGCUCAGGUUGGUUCGGCUAAUUGGGGUUUCUUGAGUCGAAACCACGGGGCAGUGUGGGACACAAGUAGAGUACCGGCCGGGGCGUUGCAACUCCGGCUGGUGGUGACGUCGGGAUACGACGGAAAAUGGGUUUGGGCCAAAAGUGUGCUACCUUCUGACUGGAAGACUGGGGCUGUAUAUGACUCCGGAGUUCAAAUCGAUGAUAUUGCGCAAGAGGGUUGCUCUCCCUGUGAUGACGGCAGUUGGAAUUAAUUAUGGACAUCAUUUUUAUGACACUAUAUUAUAAAUUGAUUUGUAGCAUUAGGAACAAGUGCAAAUGUACUAUACAGACUAAUAGAUGUCACAUAUUUUUUUUUUCUUUUUUGGGUUCCCACUGCAAUCUUUGUUGCUCUCUUGUUAUUAUUACAUUGUGGUUUGUACACAAAAGAAAGUAAUUGGUAGUUUUUUUACUUUAUUUUUCAACACAAUUGUUAGCCUUCAUCUUAAUCGAAUAUAAUAAUAAUAAUUAAUCA